GUGUACAGGGUAAACCAUUCCUGGAUAGUUACUUGCCUAUUAACCUUUUCCCAUGUUAUGAUGUAUGGUCAUACGGAAGAACAUUCUGAGAGGCGCCAACUUCAUGAGUUAACUGUAAAGAGGACAGACCUGAAGCGAUGUGACAACGAUAACCGCGUAUGCGUCACUGACGAUAGUGACUGUGUCCCCAGAUCUCAUGUGUCUCAUGAAAGGGUGAAUAUAUCAUGCUUUUUUCUACUCACUGACUAUGCUCUGACUCCGUAUCCUCAAUGCCUUUGGAGUCAGGAAUAUAACAUCAAUGUAGAAAGCAUGCACUCUCUCAUUUUCAGUCAGACCACUCCGGUUUAUUCAUGUAUGGGAAUCUUCAGCCUUGGUGGACGAAUGAAUGUAACUUUAAAAAUGAAGAACAACAUGAACGGAAUGGAGUCGUGGUCAGAGCCCUACGAAGUGGCAGUACAACAAGCAAGUAAUAACCCUUUAAUUGCUCAUUUUAGCACAUCAUUUGAGAUGAGGGACACCUUGUCAUGUGUUGUUUAUUUCAAUUAUUAACAGGUGUCUUGUUGAAUCUUGAAUUCAUAAAUGCAUUUAUAAUUGGUUUAUACAUUUAUGGAAUUUAUUUAAAUUUUGUAUUUAUUUAUUAGGAUCACCAUUACUCUUCCUGGCAUCCAGAUAGUGUUAAAACAGUUACAUCAUAAAUAAAACAAUACAUCAUACAUUACAUUAUUGCUCUAAUAUUACACAUGUGCUAUACAAAAUCCACAAUACCAAAACAUUCCAGUGUGUGUGUUUGUAUGUGUGUGUGUCUCCUCACAGUCCGCAUUGUGCCUUGAGGUAUUGUUUUAUCUGUUAUUUAAAUUUGAUUUUACUGCUCGCUUGAGUUACUUGAUGUGGAAGAGUUCCAUGUAGUCAUGGCUUUCUCAGUCUGUUCUGGACUUGGGGACUGUAAAGAGAACCCUAGUGGCAUUUCUUGUGGGGUAUGUACAGUAUGGGUGUCUGAGCUGUGUGUUAGCUGCUUGAACAGACAGUUCGGUGUUUUCAACACGUCAGUACCUCUUACAAAGACAAGUAGUGAUGCAGUCAAUCUGCUUUGAGCCAGGAGAGAUUGGCAUGCAUAUGUGCUUGAUAUUAGCCCUCCGUGUACAUUUAAGGGCCAGCCGUUCUGCUCUGUUCUGGGCCAAAUUUAAUUUGCUAUGUUUUUUGCUAUCUUUGCUAUUAACUAUGUCUUUCUUUGCAGCACUUUCAGGUGUGAUAAAACUAAGGCCUGUAGACCUGUAGCUUUUAGAUUUUUUAUAUGUAUUUAGGACUAGCUAAUUACUUUCCACCCAUUCUAAAACUAACUGCAGCUCUUUGCUAAGUAUAGCAGUGACUUCACUUGAUGUGGUAGCUGCCAUACAUAAUGGUGAGUCAUCAGUCACACAGGCUGUGUGUGUGUGUGUGUGUGUGUGUGUGUGUGUGUGUGUGUGUGUGUGUGUGUGUGUGUGUGUGUGUGUCUCCUCACAGUCUGCGUUGUGUUGUUUUUUUCUGUUCUUUAGUAUGACUGUGAGGAAUGUGGGGACAGUAAGAGGUGACGUGAACUUGGCCUUUCAUUUAGUUUUCUUUUUGCUAAAUGGAACAGUAAAAGCACCUUGUCCUACCAUCACAUCAGUCAAUGGCUCUGACAACUCACUGGAGGUGACAUGGGGGAUCAGCAAGUUGCACACUAGAUGUCGUCUCCGUUACCGAAUGGCCACCACUGACAAAUGGACUGAGAUCCCAGCCAAUGUUCUUGUGGAAAACGCUGAAAAAGCAGUCUACACGAUUGAAGGCCUCAAGCCUUUCAGCAGCUACAUCAUUGCCGUUUCCUGUAUUUUGUCAUUUGGUCACUGGAGUGACUGGAGCAUGGAGACAACUGGGACAACACUGGAGAGAGCACCCUCUCGACCGCCAGAUAUCUGUUAUCAUGUGGAGACGGUGAACAAACAAGGACCUCAUCACCUUAUGCUUAUGUGGAAGGCCCUUGAUGUUUAUGAUGCUCACGGACAUAUUCUUGGGUACCAAGUGAGCUACACACAAACAAAGCACCCCUCUCUGAGUGUGACCACUAACACCACAGAUCUGAAGGUGGUCCUUGUGGUGACCGAGGAUGAGUUGGAGGUCACAGUUAUGGCGUACAAUAGCGCUGGUGGAUCCCCUUACUCUCAUCUAAAGAUUGACCUUAGUCUUCAUCAGACUCUACCCUCAGUGAGAAGACUUUGGGUGAAUUCUGAAGGUGAUAGGCUAGUGCUUCAAUGGGAUGUGGGACACAUAUCCCUGCCAGUUAGUGAGGUUGCCAAUGAGUGGGCCACUGAUGCUGCACAUCCCAUUUCCAGUCACUGGAAACGAGUGAAUGGCUCCACCAGAUCAACAGUCUUGAAAGACCAUCUUCAGCCUGGGACAACAUACAGAAUCAAUGUUUACCCCAUAUCUAAUCAACUGUGUGGGCCACCCAAGUCAAUCUUUGCCAACCUAGAGUACGGAACUCUUUUAGGCGCAGUCGGAAUGCACGUUGUGGAUGUGACUAAAAACACAGUGACUGUACAGUGGGAGUGGCAGAGAAAGGAGGUUCACCCCAAGGUUCUCAGAUACAGAGUGAUACUGCACCUGGGGGAGAUACAGGUCGAAUCUAUCCCUGUCUGGCCAGAUGUAUGGCAGCACACAUUCUUCAAACUCCGCGCAAACACAGGCUAUUCUGUUCAUUUACUGGCGGAGACUUCUAAUGACAACAUUUCAAGGGAAAUUAUUCCUAUUAAAACACAUCUUUUUGAACAUUAUUUCAUUAUGUUCACCUUCCCUCUAAUCGUCCUGCUUACCCUUGGCCUUUUCUUCAUCUUAUCCAGAACUUUCUACAAAACAUAUUUAUUUCCAAAAAUUGCUAACCCUGGGGCCAGUGUUGUUGGACGAUGGCUUUUGGAGUCACACCAUGAGAAAAAACGUGUGAAGAAUGUACUGAAGCUGGAGGAGUUCUUAGUCACUGAUCUCUCAGGAGAAAACGGCUUUGUUGAGCUGGGGCAAGAAAGGCUACCUGUGAGAGAGGACGGGAUUUUUAACCCUGGUUCAUCUCACAGUACCCUCAAUAUAAAACAUAUUUUUAUUCCGCAAAAUACAGAAUACAUUGAAAAUACUCCUAAAAGUAACAGAGAGAACAGGGAUUCCUCCCUGAUGUUUAACAAUGUUGCCCACAUAGAGAAUGGCCAGGGUACACACAUAGAAAAUUGCCAGGGUAGCUUACCAGAAGGUUCCAGUUGUUGUUACUUGUCAACUUUCAGUGGACACCCCCACGUCUUUCAGAACUCCCCCUAAAACCCCACUUGUUUCAUUUUGGUUGUUGUCAGUGACUCGUUAGUUCCCCCUUCUGUUUGAGCGUCAUUUUAGGUUUUCUUGCUGGGGAUCUUAAUUAACAAUGUAUACAGUGUUUGUUCUGCUGUAAAAUAUAUUGUACAUAUAUUUUUACAUUUUAUAUUAAACUUCAACCCUAUCCCAUGUCAUUUUAUGGGUUAACUAUAUGGGUAAACAAUGAGAAUGAUUAAUAUAUUGUAUGUCAUUUUUUGUAUGUAGUAUUCUGUUUAUGUAUUAUGGGGAGUUUAUUUCAAUUUAAAUAGAUAUAUAAAUAAUUACCUUACCUGACUGAUGGUAUCCUAUACGAAAAUAAUAUACUAUGGAAUAACUGAUAGAGAAAAUUAUGAAAGGAAAAAUACACACCGAGAUGGGACAGUUAAAAUAUUUUAUUAAAUAGAUGUAGCUGCAGCUCUUAAAUAACUUGUCAGUUAUUGUAUUGCAUAGUAAUUUAUAUUACCUGUAUAGAGGGCUUGAAGUUGACGUACGACGCCUCCUGGUGGUCAUUCAUUCCUUCAACGAAAACAGCCCAGUGGCUACCCCAAACUGUCUGAUAACAGUGCUUAACCCCAAACUGCAUGAUAACAGUUGUCACGCCCUGGCCUUAGUAUUCUUUGUUUUCUUUAUUAUUUUAGUUAGGUCAGGGUGUGACAUGGGGAAUGUUUGUGUUUUGUCGGUUUUGGGUGGUUAUAUGGUAAAGGGGGUGUUGGGUGUAGUGUAUGGGUUUGUGUUGAGUGAAUGUGUCUAGCUGUGUCUAUGGUUGAGUGUAGGUUCUAGGAAAGUCUAUGGUUGCCUGAAUUGGGUCUCAAUUAGAGACAGCUGGUUUUUGUUGUCUCUGAUUGGGAGCCAUAUUUAAGGCAACCAUAGGCUUUAGCUGUUUGUGGGGAAUUGUCUAUGUCAGCACUGAUGUUUGUAUAGCUUCACGGUCGUCUGUUCUGUUUGUUGUUUUGUUUUUCCUUCUUUAAAAUAAAAGAAGAUGUACUUU